AUCUACCACAUGGCUCGACAUCCAAGCUUCUCCAACUUCCCCAGUCCCCCGCUCUCGAGUCUUCUUUGCCCCAUACGCCAGCAUGGCACCCAAGACCGUCGCCAUCACCAAUGAUGGCGUGCAGGCCAUCAAGGACAGUGUCGACCAUGUCGACAACUUGAUUGCACAGGCGCGCGCCAGUGAUGAAGCCGAUCAACGUCUUACCAUUCGUGGGGCUCUCGCACACCACAAGACGGCCGUCUUCUGGUCGAUGGUUCUGUCGCUCUCCCUCGUAAUGGAAGGAUACGAUCUCGUCAUUAUCAACUCCUUCUACGGCCAAGAGCAAUUCCAACGCCGUUUCGGAACUCCCGUCCCCUCCAAGCCUGGCACGUACGGCAUCACCCCGUCGUGGCAAUCCGGUCUUUCCAACUCGGCCCUGGUCGGCCAGCUCACCGGUCUGUUGAUCAACACAUGGGCACAAGAUCGCUUUGGUUGCCGCAAGACCAUGAUGUUCUUCAUGGUUUGGAUGGUCUGCGCAAUCUUCAUCCCCUUCUUUUCGCCCUCCCUCGGCGUCUUGGCUUUCGGUGAAGUCAUGUGCGGUAUUCCAUGGGGUGUCUUCCAGACCCUCUCCACCACCUACGCCUCCGAAGUCGUGCCUACCAUCCUGCGCCCGUACGCCACCUCCUGGGUGUGCAUGUGCUGGGGCUUGGGAAUCUUGAUUUCGUCGGGUGUCGUUCGUGGUGUGGCCGAGAUUGAUGGCAACCUUGCGUGGCGCCUCCCCUUUGCGCUGCAGUGGGUCUGGCCCGUCCCUCUCUUCAUCGCCGCCUACUUUGCGCCUGAAUCUCCUUGGAAUGCCGUCCGCCGCGAGAAACCUGACGAGGCACGCCAAAGCUUGAACCGUCUGCUCCCAGAUGGCGAAGAUAAGCCCCAGAGGGUCGAGGCAAGCCUCGCAUACAUCCAGUACACCACAGAACUCGAAAAAGCAGAGACAGCCGGAGCCACCUUCGCUGACUGUUUCCGCGGGACCAAUUUGCGUCGCACGGAGAUUAAUUGCGUUGUUUGGGCCGCCCAGAUCUUGUGCGGCAACGCCUUGCUCGGAUUUUCGGUCGAAUUCCUCGAGGCGGCCGGUUUCAGUGCCACCAGGGCCGACGACGUCAACAUUGCCCUCUCCGCCUGCUACAUCAUCGGAGGAGUCGUCUGCUGGUUCCUCAUGCCUCAUUUCGGUCGGGCCACCAUCUACAUUGCUGGUUGUUCGAUCAUGUUCAUGUUCCUCAUCGUUAUUGGUGGAUUGGGCUUCGCCGAUUCUGCCAGCGCAAAGACGGCCAUUGCGAUCUUGUUUGUCAUUACGACACUCGUCAAUAUGAUUACAACCGGACCCGCAUGCUAUCCCAUCGUCGCCGAAACCCCAUCUGGACGACUCCGAUACAAGACGGUGACCAUUGGACGCUUCGUCUACAACCUGACGGGCAUCUUCUCCAACUCCGUCACCCCUCGCAUGGUGUCUCCUCUGGGAUGGAACUGGGGAGCCAAGGCCGCCCUCUUCUACGCCGGUACUGAUCUCCUUUGCAUCAUCUGGUGCUGGUUCCGCCUUCCCGAGACCAAAGACCGACCGUUUGGCGAGAUUGACAUUUUGUUCGACAAUAAAGUCCCCGCCCGUGCCUUUAAAUACACCUCUGUCGUCCAAUUCGAAGGGCUUGGAUCCGAGACUGGCAGCUUGUCGUCUGGAAAGGAUGACAAGACGGCGGCUAUUCACAAUGUUGAGAAGAUUGAUUUGUAAAGGGGGGAUUUUAUGCUGGGGGGGAGUGAAGGAGGGUGAUGUGCGCAGUGUUCCGGGGGUGUCUAUACUGUUUACACUGCCAUGUUGCUCAAUAUCAGGCACGUAGAGAAUUGCAAAUUGCACUCCACCAUGUUAUAGCCUGAACCACGGAGUUGAAUCCGCGAGGAGCAGAUUGCCACGCCGGCGAACCCACCACCGCGAUAGUCCGUGCGGUGGUGCGCAC